AUGCUGUCGCAGGUGGCGAAGGAGGUGGCGACGUGGACGAACGCGGCCGGCGAGCCCUUGUGUGUGCCGGUGUACGUCAACUGCAUGGCACUCACCGACCCCGCCAGCCUCUUCCCCCAGAUGGAGCGCGCCAUAGAAGCAGCACAGGCUGCGCACCACACCUCCCCCUCUAACCACGGCGGGCGGAAGGGCGGGCGGCAGCGAGGGGGCACAGGACGAGCGCGGCCGAGCGAGGAUGGCGAAGGGGCGAGAGAGGCCGUGUUGUCGCUGCUGCAGCAGGAGGUGCAGGAGGAGGAGGCGGAGCAAGCGGAGAGGAUUGAGUCGCGGGUGGUUGUGGGCGAGGCUGCGAGGGAUGCAAGUGAGGAGGCAGAGUCUUCAGGGGAGGACGAUGACGUGGUUGAAGUGGUGACAGGGGACGCACGACAGGCAGGGGCCGAAGGUCAUGCAGGGGACGCACGGCAGGCAGCGGACGCAUGGCAAGCAGGAGCUACAGGACAGGCAUGCGCUGCAGGGGCGCGCGCUGCAGGGAAGGGACGAGUGACGCGGGGGACAGGAGGUGGCAGAAGCGGGGAGAAGGGUGGCGCAGGAGCAAGGAGAGUGCUGCGGCUGAGGGAGGGAGAGGGGGGGAAGGGGCAGGUGGGCGGGAGAGCCAAUGCUGGUGGUGACAAGAGUGGGAGGAAACCUAUGAUACUGGUGGUGGCGGACGAGGUGGAUCAGCUGGUGAGGGGCAGAGACACCUCCGUACUCACCGACCUCUUCCUCCUGCCCUCCCUCCACGCCCACUCGCGCUGCAUCCUCAUCGGUCAGCAUAUCCAACUCCAUUCAUCUCAUCGACUCUCUGCUGCCACACCUCUCCCGCCCCAACUCAAUGUGCGCUUCCUAUCCCCCAUACCCGUCCUUUCACUCCCUCCCUUCCCUCUCUGCCCUCCUUUCCCUCCCUCCCUCCCUUCCCUCUCUGCCCUCCUUUCCCUCCCUCCCUCCCUUCCCUCUCUGCCCUCCUUUUCCUCCCUCCCUCCCUUCCCUCUCUGCCCUCCUUUUCCUCCCUCCCUCCCUUCCCUCUCUGCCCUCCUUUCCCUCCCUCCCUCCCUUCCCUCUCUGCCCUCCUUUUCCUCCCUCCCUCCCUUCCCUCUCUGCCCUCCUUUCCCUCCCUCCCUCCCUUCCCUCUCUGCCCUCCUUUCCCUCCCUCCCUCCCUUCCCUCUCUGCCCUCCUUUCCCUCCCUCCCUCCCUUCCCUCUCUGCCCUCCUUUUCCUCCCUCCCUCCCUUCCCUCUCUGCCCUCCUUUUCCUCCCUCCCUCCCUUCCCUCUCUGCCCUCCUUUCCUCCCUCCCUCCCUUCCCUCUCUGCCCUCCUUUUCCUCCCUCCCUCCCUUCCCUCUCUGCCCUCCUUUCCCUCCCUCCCUCCCUUCCCUCUCUGCCCUCCUUUCCCUCCCUCCCUCCCUUCCCUCUCUGCCCUCCUUUCCCUCCCUCCCUCCCUUCCCUCUCUGCCCUCCUUUCCCUCCCUCCCUCCCUUCCCUCUCUGCCCUCCUUUCCCUCCCUCCCUCCCUUCCCUCUCUGCCCUCCUUUCCCUCCCUCCCUCCCUUCCCUCUCUGCCCUCCUUUCCUCCCUCCCUCCCUUCCCUCUCUGCCCUCCUUUCCCUCCCUCCCUCCCUUCCCUCUCUGCCCUCCUUUCCCUCCCUCCCUCCCUUCCCUCUCUGCCCUCCUUUCCCUCCCUCCCUCCCUUCCCUCUCUGCCCUCCUUUCCCUCCCUCCCUCCCUUCCCUCUCUGCCCUCCUUUCCCUCCCUCCCUCCCUUCCCCUCUCUGCCCUCCUUUCCCUCCCUCCCUCCCUUCCCUCUCUGCCCUCCUUUCCCUCCCUCCCUCCCUUCCCUCUCUGCCCUCCUUUCCCUCCUCCCUCCCUUCCCUCUCUGCCCUCCUUUCCCUCCCUCCCUCCCUUCCCUCUCUGCCCUCCUUUCCCUCCCUCCCUCCCUUCCCUCUCUGCCCUCCUUUCCCUCCCUCCCUCCCUUCCCUCUCUGCCCUCCUUUCCCUCCCUCCCUCCCUUCCCUCUCUGCCCUCCUUUCCCUCCCUCCCUCCCUUCCCUCUCUGCCCUCCUUUCCCUCCCUCCCUCCCUUCCCUCUCUGCCCUCCUUUCCCUCCCUCCCUCCCUUCCCUCUCUGCCCUCCUUUCCCUCCCUCCCUCCCUUCCCUCUCUGCCCUCCUUUCCCUCCCUCCCUCCCUUCCUCUCUGCCCUCCUUUCCCUCCCUCCCUCCCUUCCCUCUCUGCCCUCCUUUCCCUCCCUCCCUCCCUUCCCUCUCUGCCCUCCUUUCCCUCCCUCCCUCCCUUCCCUCUCUGCCCUCCUUUCCCUCCCUCCCUCCCUUCCCUCUCUGCCCUCCUUUCCCUCCCUCCCUCCCUUCCCUCUCUGCCCUCCUUUCCCUCCCUCCCUCCCUUCCCUCUCUGCCCUCCUUUCCCUCCCUCCCUCCCUUCCCUCUCUGCCCUCCUUUCCCUCCCUCCCUCCCUUCCCUCUCUGCCCUCCUUUCCCUCCCUCCCUCCCUUCCCUCUCUGCCCUCCUUUCCUCCCUCCCUCCCUUCCCUCUCUGCCCUCCUUUCCCUCCCUCCCUCCCUUCCCUCUCUGCCCUCCUUUCCCUCCCUCCCUCCCUUCCCUCUCUGCCCUCCUUUCCCUCCCUCCCUCCCUUCCCUCUCUGCCCUCCUUUCCCUCCCUCCCUCCCUUCCCUCUCUGCCCUCCUUUCCCUCCCUCCCUCCCUUCCCUCUCUGCCCUCCUUUCCCUCCCUCCCUCCCUUCCCUCUCUGCCCUCCUUUCCCUCCCUCCCUCCCUUCCCUCUCUGCCCUCCUUUCCCUCCCUCCCUCCCUUCCCUCUCUGCCCUCCUUUCCCUCCCUCCCUCCUUCCCUCUCUGCCUCCUUCCCUCCUCCUCCCUUCCUCUGCCCUCCUUUCCCUCCCUCCCUCCCUUCCCUCUCUGCCCUCCUUUCCCUCCCUCCCUCCCUUCCCUCUCUGCCCUCCUUUCCCUCCCUCCCUCCCUUCCCUCUCUGCCCUCCUUUCCCUCCCACCCUCCUUACCCUUCCUCCCUUCCUCCCUUCCCUUCUACCCUACCCUCCCUCAUACCUUCUUUUCGCUCCCUUUUCCAGCCUUCACUCUGCUGUGACCGUUCUGCUAAUGGGAGUGACAGCACGCCCAACACUCCUGCCGUUCCCAGCAUACGAUCGCAAUCAAAUCUACGAGAUUCUCUCCCAAAGGCUCCAGGCUGCUGGAGGGAUGCCAGUCGGUGCAGCAGCGCGAGGGGCAGCGGUGGCGGGAGGGGCACGGGAGAGCGCAUGCACGGCGACUUUUGAGUCGACUCAAAAGGCACGGGAGAGCGCAUGCACGGCGACUUUUGAGUCGACUCAAAAGGCACGGGAGAGCGCAUGCACGGCGUUGUCGUUUGACCCCAUGGCGCUGCAUCUCUGCGCUCGGAAAGUGGCAGCGGCGUCAGGGGACAUGCGCAAGGCGCUUGACAUCACCAGAAUGGCAGUGGAUGUGCUCGAGGCAGAGAUCCAGGCGCAGCUGAGGGAGGCACACAUGGGGGAGGUGGAUGUGAGGGAGGCAGAUACUAGGGAAGCCCUGCCUGGUGCAGGCUCACCUGCUGACAGCACUGUUGGGGCGACAGGGGACGGCAGGAGUGGCAAGCGGGCGGCAGAGGGGGAGGCAGUGGGGCAGGCGACGGGCAAGAGGCAGCGAGGGGGGGCCGUGGCGGAGGCGGUGUCCCUGCAGGUGCAGGUGCAUCACAUGGCACAGGCCCUCUCCCGCUCCUUCGCCUCCUCCACUGUCGAUUGCAUUCGCUCGCUGCCGCUGCACCAGCAGAUGGUGUUGGUGGCGUGUGUGCAGCAGCACCAGCAGCACAGGGCACGGCACCGCUUCAUCACCCGAGCCAAGCCUCCCUCCACCACCAACGACUUCCUCCUCUCGCAGCUGUACAGCAUGUAUGCAGGCUUGGCACGCUCGCUGCACGUGCCGGCCGUCACACUCAACGAGGUCACUGACAUGUGUGCCAUACUGCACGGCCAGGCUGUGUUGCAAGUAGUGGCUUUCACCUGUUUCCGAGCCGCGCGCGCACGGCAGCAGGCAGCCAUGGAAGCGUCGCACGAGGCGCUUGCGAAGGGCAAGGUGAUUGGCGACGUGCUCGACGACUUUGUGCCGUCGCUCGACAUCAAGGUGAAGUACGGUGGCAGGGAGGUGCGAAACGGUGACGAGCUAACGCCCAGCGAGGCAGCAGAAGCGCCAUACGUCGAGCUGGCGGGGCGACACGAGAACGGGGACCUCUACACACUCGUAAUGUCGGACCCAGACGCGCCCAGCCCAGACAACCCCGUGGCGGCCGAGUGGCUGCACUGGUUGGUGGUGAACAUACCAGGCGCAGCAACGCUCCCACACAGCAGCGCAGGAGACUUAGUGAUGUGCUACAAGGGCCCCUCCCCGCCCAUGGGCGUGCACCGCUACGUACUCUCUCUCUUCCGCCAGCCACACCACCUCACCACCGACGCACCGGCUGCGCGCAAGGGCUUCAAGACGCGCCAGUUUGCGCAAGAGUUUGGGCUGGGGAAGCCCGUGACUGCGCUGUUCUUUCGUGCGCGGAAGGAGGAGUGA